AUGUAUGCCUCGCGGCUGCGGGUCUUGGCCCAAGGGCUGCCCCGGCAUCUCUCGAAACGGCCAUUCAGCGUCACGGUUCGGCAAUUGGAGUAUCCCUCAACCCCAUCGACAGUAACGACUGCCACGACCGCCAAUACCCAGACCACACCCCAGGUGACCGAGGGCCCGGUACCCACAACUGUCUCGCAGGCACCGAACCGCGCAGAGGUUUGGUCGCGGAGUCAGAAGCCGCGAUCGACGGCCAUGACGGGGCCGAGGUUCGAGCAGACGGAUCUCGAUGCGCAGCCCCAACCCUAUGCCGCCAUUGAGCUCAUCCACCAGCAGCCCGUGCGGUGGACGCACGCUCGGAUCGUGGCCUGUGACGGUGGCGGCGGGCCUACCGGACAUCCCAAGAUCUAUAUUAACACGGACAAGCCAGAGAUUGCGACCUGCGGCUACUGUGGGCUGCCUUUUGCCAAUGAACACCAUAGGAAACAUCUCGAGUCUCUCCCGGAGACAUCGUACCCGCUUUAG